AUGGUGAUGAUGGUCACAAUAUUGGACGAGGGUGUCAACACCGCUGUUGCUCAACAAACGCCAGUGCCUACUGAUCAGUGCAGAACUGCCUCCGAGCCGACCUCGAAACCGACAAUUCCGCUAGAAGCCACUUCCGAGAAAGAAACAGAGAAAUUAUCACAAGCGAAAUUCUGGAAAAGACGGAUGACUGUAAGACUGCUUGCUCGUCUUCCUCGAAACCGGUGGGACGAUGUGCUUGCUCAAGCUCCUCCCUUAAACGAGUGUGCAUCUGAGCCGCAGCAU